UUGCCGUUGCUGAUAUGAUGGUGAUGAUGAUGGUGAUGAUGGUGAUGAUGGUGAUUAAAUUUGGGUUAUUUUUAGUUUUUUUAGUUUUUCAAACCUCUCUAUCAGCCUCACCCCAACCAAGUACGAUUGUGACUACCCGUGGACACUUCAGCCCUCUUUCCUUCCUUCCUUCUUAAAAGAGUUGAUCCUUCCUCUAGAUAACUUAUAACUCCUAGCUGGGCCGGCAGUUCGUACUCAAUCAUUCCUUCCUCUCUUUACCACAACACAAACUCCCGUCAAACAGAUUUGUCUUAUCCACUUCACGGUCCUUCUACUUCGCUACUAUUCAUUCAGACUCAGACUUCACUCCAGACUCUCACUUCAUUCUCACUUCAUUCUCACUUCAAUUUGACUUCAACCACAAUUUACCUUCAUUUCGCUUUCAACCUCUUCUGCUUCACCUACAUAUUAACUAUAGUCGCUCUUUUUGGGUACCUUUCUUCUGACGACUUCCAUGAUUAUUUGUUUGCGGCGAUUCAUAUUAUUCACUCUCGACAGUCAUUCACUCAUCCAUUGAUUCAUUCUAUUUCACUAUUCACGACGGUUACAAUCCAAUCAAGAGGAAUAAAAUUACAGUCAUACCAAGAAACUCACAUCACACAAUCUCCUCAAUAAUAUAUCUUUACGCCGUCGCAAAUUUUUCAGCCCUCUCCAUGACACGAACCUCAAGACUUUGAUCCAAUUACUACCCUACCUUUCAAAUAAAGACUCCAAUCUGUCUCACGACCCGCAAGAAGUACUUACUACCCAUUUCUCUUAUGCGAAUGACAAAAAAAAGAACCUUCUAUUUUACCCCACAAGAUCAAUCAUGCGCAGUAACAUUUUGGCCACGGCCUACAUUCUAUCUUUAGCAGUAUCCAUUGUCAGUGGCUGCUCCGAGGUCUCCGGAAACUGGUUCUGCAAUCCCGUGGAUGCUAUCUUGUACAGCAAUGUCGGCGCACCAGGAACUUACAAUCAAGUUACCGAUAUGUCCUCGGAUGGAAUUUGUUCUUCUACACCGAAGUCGUUUUCUGGUCCGCUUUCUCCAUUAGACGAAGAAGUUUCAUUCCACUUUCGGGGGCCUCUUCAGUUGAAGCAGUUCGCAGCAUAUACACCGGGCGCUACUGCUAGCAAGAAGAAACGUCAGGGAUCGACCGCUAGACGCCGUCGCCAUCUUCAGCAUAUUGAUAAACAUGCUAGGGCAGGCAAUCAGAAGCGCGACAAGAUCCAUGCUACUAUUGAUGGACAACUUGUCUCAUGGGAUGAUAACUAUCCCACCUCAGGUCUUGAUGCUUUUAAUAGUGGUGCGAAGACGGUUACUGCUACAAUAAAUGGUGAAAUACAAACAUGGAUCAACAAUUGGUUUGGACCAAGUACAACGACAAUGGUAUCCCAAGCAUCUACUACCGUACCUCAAAGUGUAUCUCAAGGCGCAGCUACAAGCGAAGAGGCCCAGGAGACUUCUACCUCGAUCAUACCACCGCCCAGUACAGCGUUGCCUCAGUCCCAAGCAUUUACACAUGUAUCUGCUUCUCAACCCCAAGUAUCCACGACUCCAUCUGCCUCGGAGUCUCAAGUAUCUGCAAGCACAACCAGCUCGGCCACAGCUAUAGCAUCUGGAUCCUACAGCAGAAUAGGUUAUUAUAAUUCUGCAGAGCAGACGCUUGAUAACCUAGUAUUUCUUGGAAAUCAUGGUGGUCAAGGCUCAGGCGUAUUCGAUGAAGCUUAUGGUGCUUCACUUUCUUUCGUGAACAGCAGUGGCACAGGCGGUGCAUCAUCACCUCAAGUCCUCGCUGAUGCCACCUUGCCAUCAAAUGAAGAGAUCGUCGUGAUGCUUGACGAAGAAUGCAACAACGAUUGCGGCUAUGUGCGACCUGGAUCCGUUGCUUACCAUGGCUUCAAUGGAGCGAACAAAGUGUUCCUCUUAGAAUUCAGCAUGCCGAUAGAUGGAAGAACUGGGUUCAAUGGCGACAUGCCCUCGGUUUGGAUCCUCAACGCUCAGAUUCCUCGAACAAUUCAAUAUGGGAGUCCAAGUUGUUCAUGUUGGGAGUCUGGUUGCGGUGAAUUUGAUAUUGCAGAAGCCCUGAACAGUGGUUCGACAUUCCUGAAGUCCACGCUUCACACAAACAAACCUGGGGGAGAUUCAGACUAUUUUGUACGGCCGACUUCCAGCACAAUGAAACUUGCCGUCGUAUUCAGUUCUGCCACUUCAACUAUACAUAUCCAGGUUCUUCCGACGAGCUACGAGUUCCCAACCAGUCUGACAACAGAUGAAAUUCAGAGCAUCUGUGGUACGAGUACUGGAAGUCAACUCUCUGAAUUUGCCAUCUCCUAAUCUUAAAACUAGAUCUGGAAUUUUCGAUUGGUUACGAAGAAAAUUCCGCGGAGAGAAUGAUAAAAUAAAAAAAAGUCUUUAGACUGCAGGUGGUGUUAGGAAGCAGGCGAUAAUUUUGUUCAUAAAAUACCCUUCUAUUCUUGUGUAUGUUGACGUACCAAUGAGAAGCUUUGACAUCAGUAGGAUAGUUCUAUUGCAUGGUGUCUUCCCAGUAACACUGGGGUGUGUGUCAUGAUAUUCAUAACCUUUUCCCAGACUAUUGCAAAAUUCCCGUGAUAAAUAUGGUGUCUAAAGUGAUACCUUGACUAAAUUUU